UCGGGAAUCGUCAUCUUCGUCUAUAAGGCUAGAUGUCAAAAUUAUUUUCAGUUAAGACCUGAGAAAUACACAUAUUAUUAUUCAUUUAUCCACAAAUAUUGGAAAUUCUGUUAAGAGUAAUAUAUAAAUUCAUGGGUUUACUAUAGCUUUUGGUUGGAACAGUGAUUGAUUGGCUUUAUGGAUUUGUGAACCUGUCAGUUUUGAUAAUUUAGGCUAGUGUUAACAUGACUGAGAUGAUGAUCUCCCGAAUAGUUAUUCUCUUUGUGUUCAGCCUAAAACUAUCCUCAUGUUUCUACAUACCUGGUGUCGCACCAGUUGAGUUUAAGAAAGGUGACCGUAUUGAAGUAAGAGCAGUGAAGAUGACCAGCGUGCAGACUCAGUUACCAUUUGAAUACUACUCUCUACCAUUCUGCCCACCGAAAAACAGAACAUACAACUACAAGUCUGAAAACUUGGGUGAGGUCCUGAGAGGCGAUCGUAUUGUCAACACACCGUAUGAGGUUCGGAUGGCAGAAGACGUAAGCUGUCGGCUGUUGUGUCACUCCCCUGGCAACCCAAUGCACUGGUCUUACGAAGACCAGCUCAAAGUCAUGUAUCGGAUACGCCAUGAGUACAAUGUCCAUCUCCUAGUAGACAACCUACCCUGUGCGACAAAAACGAUCAACACCGAAACAAACGAGAUACAACAUGAGCCCGGGUAUCGUCUGGGCACCACCUCCAACGGACGAGCGUUCAUCAACAAUCAUUUGAAACUUAUUCUCCUCUACCACACUGUCAAUGAGGAGACGUUCAGAGUGGUCGGGUUUGAGGUUGAGGCGAGCAGUGUGGACUUGUCAGCGUUGCAGUUUGACUCGGGCUCCAACAACUGUGUGUUCCCGACCGAGGGCAUCGUCAAACCUCAGGAGAUUGGGGCUAGCCAAGACUCACUCAGCCUACAGUUCACUUACUCAGUACAGUGGAUGGCCUCAGACAUCAGCUGGGCCUCCAGAUGGGACAUCUACCUCGGCAUGUCAGACGUUCAAAUCCACUGGUUCUCCAUCAUCAACUCUCUUGUUGUCGUCUUCUUCCUAUCCGGUAUACUGACGAUGAUCAUGGUUCGCACAUUACGUCGAGACAUCGCGAGGUACAACUCUGACGAGGGUAUUGAGGAGGCGUUGGAAGAGUCGGGGUGGAAGCUCGUCCAUGGAGAUGUAUUUAGGCCUCCGAGACAUCCAAGGUUAUUUGCCGCUGUCAUCGGCUCUGGCAUACAGAUAUUCUUCAUGGCACUCAUCACUAUUUUCUUCGCCAUGUUGGGAAUGCUGUCACCAGCCUCAAGAGGAGCUCUUAUGACUGCCGCCAUUUUUCUGUACGUCUUCAUGGGGCUCAUAGCAGGCUACAUAUCUGCCAGACUUUACAAAACUAUCAAAGGCCGCAAGUGGAAAAGGGCUGCGUUUUUGACAGCCACACUCUACCCGGCUGUAGUGUUUGGGACAGGGUUCGUCCUCAACUUUUUCAUCUGGGGUAAGAACUCCAGCGGGGCAGUGCCGUUCUCUACGAUGUUGUCACUGCUGCUGCUCUGGUUCGGCAUUUCUCUGCCGCUUGUGUACCUCGGCUACUACUUUGGCUAUCGCAAGCAGCCGUUCCAACAUCCCGUACGCACCAAUCAGAUCCCCCGACAGGUGCCAGACCAACUGUGGUACAUGAACCCGAUGCUGUGUACUCUGAUGGCUGGAGUGUUGCCAUUCGGAGCCAUCUUCAUCGAGCUGUUCUUCAUCUUGACGGCUAUAUGGCAGAACCAGUUCUACUACUUGUUUGGCUUCCUGUUCCUCGUGUUCAUUAUCUUGGUCAUCUCCUGUUCCCAGAUCUCCAUAGUCAUGGUGUACUUCCAGCUGUGUGGCGAGGACUACCACUGGUGGUGGCGUUCACUCCUUGUAUCGGGUGGAUCUGCUGUCUACGUCCUCGGAUACUCUAUCUUCUACUUCAUGACCAAGUUGGAGAUUACCGAGUUCAUCCCUACCCUCCUCUACUUCGGUUACACAAGUCUAAUGGUUCUGACGUUCUGGCUGCUCACGGGGACUAUCGGGUUCUUCGCAGCCUACGCCUUCGUCAUGAAGAUCUACGGCGCAGUCAAGAUUGACUAAGCCUACCCAACGUCUGUGAUCUAGUGAGAAUGAUUCAAGCUGUUUUGUCAUAGUUGUACAGUCUAGGAUUUGUUUUCUAGUGGUUUGAUUGACAUAUUCCUUAUCCACAAAAAAAUUAUGGAGUUGUAAAAUUGUAUAUUUUCUUUUUGUGGAAACAUUUUGUUGGAUCUGCUAUAAUUUGUGUUUUGUAAGGGAUUACUUAACAAACUCACUGUCAUGACAAGAUAAAAGGAUUACUAUUAUUGUAAUUAUAACUGUCUACUGUAAAAUCCAACUUAAUUUUAUUUAAAAAAAUCUUUUUUGAAUUAAUUUUCCUAGGGACAGGUUUUAAAUCUCUAGACUGUCCAAUUUUUCAAAGUGGCUUGUUUCCAUUCAUCUAAUAAAAUUUGUAAAUAGAUAAAGUAAUUUUUAUAAUCAUCACCUCAUAUUUACCAUUUUGUAAAUAAUUUUCGUCUUAGUUAUUUAUCAGUGUAUUGUCUACUUUAAGCUACUGUAGAUCGCAUUUAUGUGCACAUUUUUCCUGUGAGAUAGCUGUAUUUAUGUAUAAAUAUUUAAGUAAUAUUUUUCAGCAGUUAAAUGUUUGUAUUUCUGCUGAAAAAAUAUUCCCCCUUUUCUGUGCAGCUGUGUAUAGAUCAAGCUAAGUGUUGUUAUUUUUUAUUAGCAGAUAAGCCGCAUGAUUUUAUCAUCUCAAUAACCAUAUCUGUGUUGUUUGGUGUACAAACAAUUUUUUUACUGGUGCUGAAAUUGUAAAAAGUAUAAAUUUGUUGUGUACAAAAAUAGUAAAAAAGUUUUUGUGAAUUUAGCAGGACGAUUUUUUGUUUGUUUUUAUAAAUGCUCCAUUAUUGUUUGACAAAUAUAUUUAACCAUUUCGAAUAUA